CGCAAUUGAAGGUUCUGAGAAGUUGGAAGUGCAAAGGAUCGACCCUCCUUUGGCAACGUUGAUCUUGACGAAACAAGUAACAGCAAGGCGGGUGGUGAUGUCACAUAGCACCACACCUCAACACACCACCACACUUAUUAACUGCUCUCAACAGUAACAUAUGAUCUGAACAAGACAACCGCCGACAGAGGAUUCAGAAACCUCGUCCAUGCCGCGAGGAAUUCCGCAGCCCUUUGUACCACGACCAACGGCUUUGACACCGCGGAUGACAAUUCCUUGAAGUUCCGUCGAAGUACUGAUAGUAAAGAAAAGGGGCAACGACGACAAUCCAUCAUCAUGGCAUCUCGGCGUCUCACUAGCCUGCUGCAAUCGGGCAUCGUGAGCUCGGCACCUGCAUUCAUUACACACCCUGCAGCCAGAUCGAUCUCGACCACAGUGAGUCUACUCGCCAAAGGCUCGCAGCAUCCCGCCCCGACCGAGCAGUCCAAGACACUGCUGGAGGACCAGCACGGCUUCGGCUUCGUCCGACACAACACGCGCCCGCCCAAGCCGCGCAAAGUGGGCGUCACCGAGAUCCGGGGCCCGUACUAUUCGGUCAUGGGCAAGCACUAUCUGAAGGACGUGCUCGACACAAUGGGCCACCACAUCGACGGCCUCAAGUUCGCGGGCGGCUCUUUCUCUCUCUUCCCCGAGGACAAGCUGCGCGAGCUAAUCGACCUGGCGCACGAGCAUGGCGUCUACGUGUCCACCGGCGGCUGGAUCGAGCACAUCCUCACACAAUCCGACGCGCAAGCGGCCGUGUCCCGCUACCUGCGCAAGUGCAAGGCGCUGCACUUCGACGUGGUCGAGAUCUCGUGCGGCUUCCUGUCACUGCCGCCGGACGACUGGCUGCGGCUGGUCGAGCGCGUGCACGCCGAGGGCCUGACGGCCAAGCCCGAGAUCGGCAUCCAGUUCGGCGCGGGCGGCGACACGGCGGCCGCCGAGCUCGAGGCCCUCGGCGGCGGCGGGGGGACCUCGGACCCGAGCAAGGUGGUGAACCUGGGGAGGCGCUUCAUCGAGGAGGCGGGCGUCGAGCGGAUCAUGAUCGAGAGCGAGGGGAUCACCGAGAAUGUGAAGAGCUGGAGGACGGAUGCCAUCCAGACGAUCCUGCGGGGCCUGCCGAUGGAGAAGGUCAUGUUUGAGGCGGCGGACCCCCAGGUGUUUAACUGGUAUGUGCGGGAGUUUGGGGCGGAUGUGAAUCUGUUUGUGGACCACUCGCAGAUUGUGCAGCUUAGCUGCCUGAGGGAGGGGAUUUGGGGCAUGGGCGAUACAUUUGGGAAGGUUGUCACGUUUCGGUAAAAGAAUGAGGGAAGGGGGGCCUACUAGUUUGCGAUCAAC